AUGUGGGCCAACACAAACCCGAGACACCUCGCCUUCCGAGCCCACGAUCGACAUGUCGUGACCUGUCUGCAGUUUGAUGAGGAUAAGAUCAUAGCAGGGAGCGACAACUGCAAGAUCAACGUGUACGACACAAAAACUGGCGCGCUUCGGGCCAUAUUGGAAGGGCACGAUGGUGGCGUCUGGGCGCUUGAAUACUACGGAAACACUCUGGUGUCUGCAUCGACCGAUCGCACCAUUCGAAUAUGGGAUAUCGAAAAGGCCGAGUGCACACAUGUGUUUAAUGGUCACACCUCAACAGUGAGGAAUUUGCAGAUAUUGCCUCCGACGCAGAUUGGCGAGGAGACGGAUGUUCCAGUCGCGGUCCACGACUCGCCGUUAAUCAUCUCGGGCUCUCGUGAUUUCACACUGCGGAUUUGGAAGCUUCCUCGACCAAGUGAUCGACGGAAUGUACCCCAAGAUGCAGCACAGUGCGACGGGGAAUGUCCAUACCUGGUCCACGUGUUGAGUGGUCAUCAGCAUACUGUCAGAGCAAUGGCCGCAUACGGGGAUAUUGUGGUUAGUGGCAGCUACGACUGCACUGUUAGGGUCUGGAGGAUCUCAAGCGGAGAGUCUCUGCAUCGGCUAGAGGGCCAUGAAUCCAAAAUUUACUCGGUCGCUCUCGAUCACAAGAGGAACCGCUGUAUAAGUGGAUCUAUGGACCACACGGUCAAGAUCUGGUCAAUCGAGACCGGCGCGAUGUUGUCCAAUCUAGAGGGGCACACGUCGCUCGUAGGUCUGCUCGAGCUGAAUGAUGACCUGCUCGUCUCCGCAAGUGCAGACUCAACACUCCGGAUCUGGGAUCCUGCGACCGGCCAGUGUCGGAAAGUACUCGGUACUCAUACAGGAGCGAUCACAUGUUUCCAGCACGAUCGUCAUAAAAUCCUAUCGGGAUCCGAUAGCAACCUCAAGAUCUGGGAUGUUCAGCAAGACUACUGUGAAAGGAACCUUCUAACUGACCUCAGCGGCGUCUGGCAAGUUCGUUUUCAAGGCCAGUAUUGUGUCGCAGCAGUCCAACGUGCGCAGCAAACGUACAUCGAGAUCCUCGACUUUGCCUCGCCAUACGAAGGCGUUCCUCCCAGCCAGUGGGGGAGGCGAAUUGUAGUUGGUGAGCUGGGCGAAGAACUUGAAUAUGCAACCAAGGAGUGA